GAUCACUUACUUGAGCCCCCUUCUGUGUUGGUAUUGGUGAUUUACACUCGGAGUAGCCUUUUUCUAUUGCAAUUUUACACUCAUACACUAACACACGCCCCGUUGGCUGGCUUGCCGAAACGUACCUGAAGUGGAACGCGCAGUCAAUUUGCGAGUUGUCCACCACCACCAGCAAGCAAGCAAGCAAGCAAACGGUUUCUGUGUGGGAGCUGCGGGUUUUAAUUUGAAUAGAAAUCGUGAUGGUUUGUGUUCUGUUUGCUCUCCACACCGUACCGUUCUCGAAGGACGUUGACACGCGAAACGUCACAAUCCCGCGGUGACAGAACUUCGCAGCAACAUGAUCUCAACGCCUGCUUGGUGUGUGUGACUUGAAGGUGGGAUCGGUCUUGGAGAUCUUCAGUGCCAGAGCAUGUACAACAGCUGAAAGACAAAGAAAGCAAUUAAAUCGCUUGAAAUGAUAGACAAUAUUCAAUCCCAAAGCAGUGCUCAUCUAUUACCUUCUUUCUGAGCCGAUAACGGUUGUAGGUCUGUCAAAAUAAUAAUCAAAUCCAUCGUGCCCGCACCCACCAGUGCCGCGGCAAUCCAGUUUGGCAGCAUUCGAUUAAACUCUGCGAGUCCCUUUCCCGAUACUUUCACUCUCUUCCGGAGGCGGAUGGUGUACAAGCGAAUGGAACGAUGCAAGGCCACCGGUUAAUAUCUUCCUCAGACGAGUGAGGGGCUAGGAAUAGCACUUUAAUGAGGGGUGUGUGCCUUUCAUCGCAAGGUCGCGAUACUUUACAGGCGGGUUCCGGUACUUGUUUGAAGUGAUAAGCUUCACGCGGAGGGGGAAAGACUUUAAUCGUAUCUUCCAACGAGCUUCUGCCUUCUGAGAGACACUUCAAUCGAAGGUACAAGAUAAAUCGUUAAAUCCAUGGGUAUUUUUGUUGACCAGUUCGGUGUGUUGCAACCAUUCUUAACGACAAGUACUAUACAUCUAUUUCUGCAAACAUUCACCAGAGUGCAAUGACUGAGGGAAAACGUUUGCCGUACACUACACGCUACACCGUUGACAUCGUUUGAUCGAAAGUCGGCGUAAGUACACAGCGCGCGGGAAGCAUCCCAUUAGCGAGGCAAAUAUAUGUCAUCACACGUACCAACAACCUUGCCUACUGCUAUCUUCCGCUCUCCGCGAUAUGAUAAACCGAAGCCAUUUCCACCGGUUGUUCCGCCCGAACAGGUACACGUUUUUUAAUUAUCCACAGCCAAACAGCGGACAUCGUAGGACGGCCGUGCGCCGUUCCACUAGGGCUAGGUCAUAAGCAUAGGCGAACGUCUAUCUGCACGGUCGAGGGAAAAGUGUGACAAAAUGUGCGUCAACUUGCAAAUCAACCGAGCAAACUUCACGGUGGCGUACGAUCGGCCGCUGUAGCGUCGACAUCAUUGGCACGCUUGAUCCGAGAGUUGUCGCUGUCUUUUACCUUUUAGAUAUGGGCAAUAUUUCAUCCCGCUGGUGUAGAGUUUUCCGAGCCGCGCGACUACACUGGGCUGGUGUGUUUCACACUUUCCACGAUUCUUGUCUUCGGAGCGCACUUAAUGCAAACACAGUCUCGCCUUGUGACCGACAUUUCCCACAGGAAGGAAGGAAAUGGGAAAACCUGUCCACACACACUGAGCGCAUGGUUGUGCUCCGUUCAUUGAUUAAUCGAUCGGCGGCGGUCGGGGUCGUUUGCACAGGGCGAAAGGGAACCUCUUCGCAUCGACUGUAAAUAAUCUUAGCCUUUGCUGCCGAUGGGGUGAGGGGGGAGGGUUUAGCGAAGAUCAUCAAUUUAAUAAUAGUGCGCCCUCAGGCUGGCGGGUGAUUGUACGGAGGAGGAUCCGUUCCACCAACGACGAACGAUUGUCGACGAUGAAGAAAGUUUGUUGCUCGUCAAUUUUGCUUUCCUUUUGACCGACGACGGAUGACGCCUACAAGAGAUUCUGGUUAGGAGAGAGACAGAGAGAGAGAGAGAGAAAAAGCCAUGAAAUAUUAGAAAUGGUAGUGAAAAAAGUGUGGAACAACCAUUCCCGACCAACCUUCAACCAAACGUACGUUUUUGUUGCGCAUUGAAGUCGUUGCUAUGGUACCCAAAGCGGAAUGCGCGACUAUGCGCCUGCGUUCUCCCGAAGGCAUGCACGUCCUACCAGCAACAAGUGGUUCCGCUCGGUUACUGGGGGCAACGGUACUGCUGAGGGCAGAGCGCAAACAAACGGGACCACCUGAUUUUCGAACGCGUCAAAAGCCUCCGCUACGGAUAGAAUCUACAUUUUUUCCUCCUAAACGGCGUCAGGUUGGAUAUUGCGGGCCAUUACGGUGUUGGUUGCUGUGGCAUUAUUUAGAUCGCGUCUGAUUGGAUCAUCUUCGGUUGCGAGAUGUUUCUGUGCAAAACGAAACCGACCGACAAGUGGCUGGACGCGCAGUGUGACGGGACCGCCGCAUUGCACACGCUUCCCUCAUGCAUGACGCUGUGCGAUCUGAAGAACGACAACUACUACCAGCUGGCGACGGUGGAUGUGCCAAUGUUUGAUUUCGACGCAAAGCCUAAGCUGAAGGUGUACAAGGGCACGAACCUGAUCAGCGAGCAGCAUCUGCCGGGGAUUCCGAGCGCUGUCGAGAGCCUGUACAUCAACGACCAGGAACCGCGCAUACCAAUUAUUGCAGUUGCCGUGGAGUCAUCGGUACUGUUCUAUCGGAACAUGAAGCCCUACUACAAGUACACCGUACCGAGCAUGACGAUCGAGCCGCUCGAGAUUGACGUGUGGAAGAAGCUGCCGAUCGAGCGGGGCGAUGCGCUCGACGCACUGAUCGACAGUUUGCGCUCGAUCGAACCGUCUCAGAUGACGCUCCAGACGCAGGAGCUGCUCAGCCUGUCCGAGAGUGAGCGCGGCGGGUACAUCCGCUCCAACGCGGACCGCAAGCUGGAACGGCUCUCCAUCAUCACCACGAUGACCACGAUCAAGAAAGCUUCGAAUGAAGCUAAAUCAGCCUCCUGCUUGAUACUGGCAACCGAGUCCGGUGAGCUGCUGGUGCUCGACUCGCAAGCGUUCGUUGUGCUCGCACAGGCAAAGGUUGGUCCGUUCCGUGGGACACCGACCAUGAUCUCCGCCAGUGGCCAGUACGAUAUCGACUAUCGUGUGGUGAUAGCGACACGGGAAGGUGCACUUUAUCUACUCCGCAAAGGAUGGCUGGCGGGGCAGCAUAUCGUGAAGCUGGAGGAUCCUGCCGCCGGCCUCUCUCUGCUACCGAUCGAUCAAACCAUUGUGGUCGUUUGCAUGAACCAAUCGCUGCUGUGCUACUCCAAGAAGGGCAAAAAACUAUGGGCGGUAAAGUUGCCCCAGCCAGCCGUCUGCAUGACACCGGUCUGUCUGCCCCAUCUCGGCAUCAACCUCGUGUGCGUCUGUCUGAAGGGCGGUCUGGUACAGUUCUACAGCCAGAAAAAGCUGGUCGAUCAGUUUUAUGCGCCCGAAUCGGUGUCAGCUCUUACCUUCGGAAGGCUGGGGCAGGAGGAGCACGUCCUCAUCCUCGUCACCAUCGAUGGUUCCUUGAUCGUAAAGAUCCUCAAGCGGACAGCCGAGUUUGUCACGACGGAAAACAUGUACGACGUGAAGACAGCAAGCGACGAACCCCCGGGAAAUUUGCAGAUUCCGAAGAAAACUAAAAUCUUUGUCGAGCAAACGCUGCGCGAGAAGGAACAUGCGGCCACCAUACACAACUCCUUUCAGUCGGAGCUGUGGCGUAUGCGGCUCACCACGGCCCGCGCGACUGUGGACGUGAUCAACUCGGCCGAUAGUAACGUGUCGACGGUGGACGUUGGGUUGGCGCCGCUCAAGCUGGCCGCCGAGGUGCUUGGGUUGGGGCCGACCUUUAAGCUGUUUCUGAUGCUGGAGAACAUUUCCACGCGCAAGGAAGCGACGGGCCUGAACGUUCUGAUACAGGCCGACCAUCGCCACUAUCUGGUGGAGCGACCGUUCGUGCAGCUGCCGAUGCUAGUGCCGGGAUACCCACUGCGACUGGACUUUCGUGUGACCGUAAGCGUCGAUCCGUCGGAUGGGUUGCCGCCGGUGGACUUGACGCCGGAAAACUCGCACAUUAAGGUGUUGGUGUUCAAAAGCGGACAGACCAAGCCGUUGAUUGCUUCAACUGUCGUAAUGCCUCAACCGGAGCCUCAAGUUUUGAACUCUUUCUAGGACGAACCACAUCAAAACACGCCAAUGUUUGAAAGAACUGAAAGUAAAAGUAGAGAGAUGUUGUUCAAUAAAAGAGAGGAAAGUUUGCUUUUCGUCAUUU